AUGCCGUCCGCCAAGAGCGGUUCCAAGGGCAAGUCACCGAAAAGCCCGAAAAAUGCACCACCACCAGAAGAAGAAAAGUAUGUCUAUGUCAGACCGCCGCCUCCCCCACCGCCUCCUGUUCCACCACCGGCACCGCUCAUGUCAAAGCUUCGACGGCAGUUAUGCGAAUGGUUCUGGUCUCCACUUUGCCCCUGCAUCACUAGUUGGGGUGACCUCUGGGUUACUGACCCGCAACAACGCCGGAUCUUACGCUUUAAAUUCCGCCCAAAGACUGCACUUGUCCUUUACGAUCCCAUUGAACUGAAGGAGGAUAAGAGGCUAGAAUUUCCGUUCGCAGCCGCAGAUCCGGAAACUUUGCCUAGCAGUGGAUCUGCGGAACAGCGCGUUUACAAUCUGCAGGAUGAGUCGACACCCAUUGGAUUAUGUUGUAAUAAUGACAACUUGUUUCUCUUAUUCCAUCCCUUGCAACGUGUGAUGGUCUUUGAUCAAGUGACAAUGGAACCUAUUCCCUGCAAAGUUGAGAACGCAUUCCCGGAUGAGAAUUCUUGUGUACAUAUAGCCACAUCCGGUGGCUGCGCUGCGGACGCCCAGUACCUGUACGUGGCUGCAACACGCCCAUCCAGGUUGCUGGUGUUCUUUAUCCACUCACCUCGAAUACUGGGCAAAGUAGAUUCAAUAAAUUUGGUUAUGCAUGCCGAAUUAGCUAUGGAUCGACUGUCGUUCGGUGAACCCUUUGGAGUGCAGAUAGACUCUCUUGGGAUGGCUGUUGUUUCCGACUCAAAGGCCGGAUUCUUCCAUAUUUAUAAUAUUCGACAUAGAACCAAAGGCCCGUGGGUACCGUCUUUAGAGCACGGUGAAACGUGCCUCAUGGGUUCCUGGAAGAUUGACGAAUAUCAACCUAUCCGCCCAGGUUAUUUCAGUGUGGCGAAGAACGGCACAAUGUGUCUUGUUGAUCGAUGGCAUAACAGGCUUUGUAUAUUUGCUGACCGCACUGAACUGCGAUGGUAUGAUGACACUUUCUGCAUACUCGAAGACGAGUUGCCAAUUCGUGACGAGCCCGUAGCGGAACCCGAGUCUCCAAAGGGCUCCAAAGGCAAGUCAAAAGGCAAGGAUAAUUCAAAGAGUAAAUCGCCUUCAAAGGGGAAAAAGAAAUGA